AUGGAGAAAUGGCUGAUUCAGUCUAUAUGGAUUGCUGUGUUUGGAUUUCUGAAAGAAUUUCGACCAGAAGAUCCUUAUAUUAUUCAAUACUUGACAAAUCCACCAAUGAAUUUUACAAAUCAAGAAGUGAAUCAAGAAAUAUUUCCAGUAUCAACUUAUACUUGUCUUUGCCUUACAAUUGUUAUGUUUUUGGUUACUGACUAUUUACGUUACAAACCAAUUGUUGUCCUGAAUGCUUUAUCAAGUUUUACUGUUCAGAUAUUAUUGAUUUUUACUCGAACAAAGACUGACAUGAAGAUAAUGGAAGUAUUUUACGGCACCAUGACAGCCUGCGAAGUUGCAUACUAUACAUACGUUUACUCAAAAGUAGAUAAAAAAUAUUACAAAACCGUUUCUAGCCACAUGAAAAUGGCAUGUCUUAUAGGUCGACUUGUAUCGGCUUUGCUUGCUCAAACAUUGAUUGAUAAUCAUAUAUUAACUGUGUCUCAUUUAAAUUAUUUAACAUUAGCUGGUGCAACUGCAUCAAUAUUUUGGGCUUUUGGAUUACCAUCAAUUAAAAGUAGCUUAUAUUUUCAUCAAAGCUCUGAACAUACAUACAUACGAGAUAAUGCAGAUGUUAAUGUAUCCAAACCUAAAACUGUGUGUCAAAGACUGUGGUCCGACUUCAUUACGGCUUUCACAAACCGUUAUGUUCUUCAGUGGUCCAUCUGGUGGGCUUUAGGCACAUGCUUUUAUUAUCAGUGUAUGGCGUAUUUCCAAUCAUUAUGGCAAGAAAUUUACCGAAAUGGCACAGAUUUACAAGUGACCGAUAAUGGAUUAGUUGAAGCUAUAUAUACAAUAAUAAGUACACUAGGAGUUUAUUUGGUUGGUAUCAUAACAAUUCCAAGUUGGUGGCUGGUUGGUACUUUAACUUUUAGCCAAGGUUUGUUAUUGUUUAUAAUGGCUCAAGAAAAAUUAUUAUCACACGCAUAUAUUGGCUACAUUAUGUUUGGAACAUUUUAUCAUAUUAUGGCCACUGCAGCGAAUUGUGAAGUAGCCAAAAAUAUACCCGCUGACAGCUAUGCAUUGGUUUUUGGAGUUAACACAUUCAUGUCACUUUUAUUGCAAACAUGUUUAACAGUAGUUGUGAAUAGUCCUGUUGGACUCAUGUUAGACAUUAGAACACAGUUUUACGUGUACAGCGGAGGUUGUUUAAUAAUCGGGGCUUUGUUCACCGUCGGAGCAUUGUGCUCAACAUAUAACACGAUGAUGAGACAUAGAAUUUUUACAACGUCAAAUUAAAUUAAAUUGAUUUAUAUUUGACAUAAUCACAUGUAUUUUAUUAUUAAAAUUAUUGUAUAACUUGUAUGAUAUUUUAUUAAAACAUUUUAAAAACAAA